CGUAUUUAGAAAAGGAGGAGAACGUGUGCUGGAGUGGCGGUGUAUGGCCAUAUUUUCAGCUGCUACUGCUUUGUGUAUGAGUACUAGUCUUUAAUUAUUCAUUAAUUAAAAGCCUAACUUCUCUCUUGGCGUACUAUCUCCAAUUUCAACUGAAAAAUUCCCAGAUUACACAACAAAAUUGAACGAGACUUGUUGGUCGAUUCCUAAAUUCAUCCCCCGAAGAUCUCCGAAAGUGAAAUUUGCAAUGGCGGUGAAGGGGCGCCACCUGAGGGGUCCGUCGCGGAAAGCGACGUCGUCUUCCACAUUGAUUUUCGCUAUGUUUAUCAUGUUCUCCUUUUUGUUGUUGAUUAUGUUAUCCCUCGGAUUACUCUCCAUUCCCAGCACUUCUAGAGAUUCUCAGAAAGCGCACGAUCUCAGCACAAUUGCCCAUAACAGUAUUGAUAGAGGUGAUGAAGAUGAUGAUGAGGGGAGGGGAGAUCAGUGGGUUGAAGUUAUCUCUUGGGAACCUAGAGCAGUUGUUUACCACAAUUUCUUGUCUAUAGAAGAGUGUGAAUAUCUGAUCAAUCUUGCCAAGCCACAUAUGCAAAAGUCAACAGUUGUGGAUGGUGCUACUGGCAAAAGUAAAGAUAGUAGAGUUCGUACAAGCUCCGGAACAUUUCUUGCUAGAGGACGUGAUAAAACGGUCAGGGAAAUUGAGAAAAGAAUUGCAGAUUUUGCCUUCAUACCCGUAGAGCAUGGGGAGGGACUUCAAAUUCUGCACUAUGAGGUGGGUCAAAAGUAUGAGCCUCAUUAUGAUUACUUUCUUGAUGAGUUCAACACCAGGAAUGGGGGCCAACGCAUAGCUACAGUUCUUAUGUAUUUGUCAGAUAUUGAAGAGGGCGGAGAAACAGUUUUUCCUGCAGCCAAAGGAAAUAUUAGUGCUGUACCUUGGUGGAAUGAGCUGUCUGAAUGUGGAAAAGGAGGGCUUUCUGUUAAACCAAAGAGGGGUGAUGCUUUGCUGUUUUGGAGCAUGAAGCCUGAUGCCACUCUUGAUCCUUCAAGUUUGCACGGCGGUUGCCCUGUUAUUAGAGGGAAUAAGUGGUCAUCAACAAAGUGGAUGCGGGUCCAUGAGUACAAGGUGUAAUUUACCAGGCAAGAGGUACACAAACUUUGUUGUAUGGAAUGUAACACCCUCGGCUAGGAGUUUGACGAGAGCUUUGUUGAGCCAUCAAAUUAUGUGUGCUUUCGUAGCCAAGUCAUACCCAUAAAGCCAUGGCUUUUUCAUGUAUAAUUUGUUUUUGUACGAGCUGUUGGCCUUUAUUUUGGUAUUUAUCUCUGUUAUGGUCAGAAAGAAUAAGAUGAUGGGAAUUUUCACUGCUUCUAAUCAUUCCGAGUUCUAGGUGUCAGCUGAGGAACAAUGACAGAAGCUAAUAGGUAGAAAACCGCAAAUAUAUAGUUGAUGAUGAUACGAUUCCUAUAGUGUAUUUUCUGCCGUCGCAUGAUUCUUGGCACUUGCGGCACGUAUUCUUUCAUAUAGCAGUUUAUUUA